AUGCAGCGAUGUGUUGCGGCUGCGAUAGUUCUACGGAGCGAAUGGCCUGCGGCUUUACUGGAUGUCGACACGAUACUUUCGCUUGCGCCCCUCAUUGCUCCCGACUUGGACCGUGUCACGGCCUCUAAAGACGCAGAAGAGGCAGCGGACGAUUUACACUCCAUGCUUCUUCUGCUUCUUGAUCAACUCUACGCCAUAUUCCAGAGCAUGCUUCGCGUGUAA